AUGUCCUUCGGGGAGGAAGAUGGCCCUGCCUUGACCGAUGCCUUUCACUGCACGGGGACGGAGCCCCAUCUGUGGAACUGCCCGCGGAGCGCCCUGGGGGCUGCCGCCUGCCCGCCCCACCAUGUAGCCUACGCCAUCUGCUCUGGUGAGUCGGCGGAGGCACUGCGGUUGCAGGGCGGGCAGAGCCGGUGUGACGGCCGCGUGGAGAUCUUCCUGCGGGGCGCCUGGGGCCGGAUCGUGGCCGAGGCCUGGGGCCUGGCGGAGGCCGGGGUGGUGUGCCGACAGCUGCGCUGCGGAGAGGCCCGGAGAGCCUACAGCCUCGAUCCGACGGCCCGCGGCCCAGAGGCCACCCCUGUGGGGCUCAGCACUGUCACCUGUGCUGGGAAUGAGACCCGCCUGACCCAGUGCCAAGUCUCCACCCCUCCGCUACCUCCUGCAGGGACGGCCUGGGAUGUGGGCGUCAUCUGCUCUGGUGAGUUCCUUCCCGGGCCCUGCCCUACCCCGGGCAGUGGUCCCAGCCCUGGUUCCAUGCCCAGCCAUGGACCCACCCCCGGUUCCUCACCUGACCAGGGUCCCACUUUGGCCAUUGUCCCACCCCUGGCUAUGUCCCACAUCCCCAUUCCCACCCCAGGUCAUAUCCCACCCCUGACAGUGGUCCCACGUCCCACCCCUGACUACGUCCCCCCUCCCCAGUCCCACCCCAGGUCAUAUCCCACCCCUGACAACGGUCCCACGUUGGCCAUUGCCCUACUCGCAGAAAUGGCCCCUCUCCUUGCUGAGAGAGCGAAGGCCUGCGUCUGGCGGGCGGCCCGGGGCGCUGCUCCGGGCGGGUGGAGGUGCUCCACGACGGGCGCUGGGGGGACGGUCUGCAAUGACUCCUGGGACUUGGCAGAUGCCCAGGUGGUCUGCCGGCAACUGAGCUGUGGCGUGGCCCUCGGGGCCCCUGCCUCCGCCGGGCACGGGGCCAGGACGGGGCCCAUCUGGCUGGACGAGCUGGGCUGCACGGGGAACGAGUCUCGCCUCUGGCAGUGCCCCUACGCAGGCUGGGGCCAACAUGACUGCCGACACAAGGAGGACGUCGGCGUUCUCUGCUCGGGCAAGUUCUGCGGCCCUCGGGGACCCCACUGCUUCAAGCUUCGGGUUUGGCCCCUGAGCCAACGCAGAUUCUCAGCGGUCCCUCUCUCCCCAGAGUACACAGACGUGCGGCUCGCUGGUGGUUCCUGGGCCUGUACCGGGCGGCUGGAGGUUUUCUACAACGGGACGUGGGGAAGCGUGUGCCAUAACUCCCUGACGGAUGUCUCCCUCACCGUGAUAUGCAAACAGCUGCAAUGUGGAGCCCGGGGACAGGUGUUGCCGACACCGAAAACGGAGGCAGAAUCCAGGCUGACCUGGGUGGAUCGCAUCGAAUGCCGGGAGAAGCACCACAUCUCUCUGUGGCAGUGCCCCUCCGCACCUUGGCAUCCACACUCGUGCCCCAGGACGGAAGAAGCCUGGAUCAGUUGCCGAGGUGACGACCUUGUCGAUCUAUCGCCUCCGGCCUGGGAGCCAUGUGGCCCGUUUCAGGCAACUAAGUCUCUUGAUUUGAAAUGUACCAUGAGAGUGAAAACUGCUUGUGGGCAGGGUUAG